AUGUUAAGCCCAACAGUCACAGAAAAUGAACAACAACGAAAAAUAGGUGAAAAACUCAUAACCAUUAUUCGAACUAUUUUAAUCACAGAAAGAGAAGUCUUAAGUGUUGUUUAUUUUAGGUUGAGGAAUUGAAAAUAACAUUAGCAGAAAAUAUCCGAUUUGAUAUCAGUGAUGCAUUUAGAGCUAUUGAUUCAAACAUGAAAGGUUAUAUUACUUCAUAGGAUAUCUUUCGAUUCAUGUGUAAGAAUGGAUGCAGUGUGCACUAAAAGUUUUGUGAUUUCUGGAUCUUCACAUGGAGUAAAGGGGAUGAUAAAUUAAGAUACCAAUUAUUUCUUGAAUUCAUAGUCCCCAGAUACGAUAGAGACGCAGCGAUGUAAUGCAUAGUCAGAAAAUUGUAUUCAGAAGCAGGGAAAUGUAUGCAUCAAUAAUUAAUAACUAAUAGACAAACUGUCAUUUUACUUAGAAGAGUUUGUGGCUAAGUUGAUUUACAAAGAGAUCGAUUAUUUAAGAACUAUUGAAAUAGAGAAAAUGAAUUUAGCUCAAUUAGUAGAGUGGAAAUUCACAACGGUGUUUAAGUACGUUGCAGGUAAUUUGCCUGUUAUUGAUAAACGAUGUUUGGAUUAAUUGUUAAAUAAAUUCGAAAUUCAAUCCUUAACUCAAUAGGAAUACAACAUGUUUCUAAAGAGAUUCAAUAGGAAUGAAGACUUGAUCUUAUAAAAGGAUGAGUUCAGCGAUGCUAUCUUCCCAAGCAAAGAAUUAAUUAAGGAAAUGUAACCACCAAGAGACGGAUUUUAGGAAUAUGUUCUCAAUCAUGACUAGCAAUUGGACUAAUUGUUGGGCAAGGAUUAAAUCCAUGAUGGAGACGAUUUCAUUUUCAAACCUGAAGAUCAUAAACUCAAAUUAAACUCUACAUCCAAAGAUUACAAUGUCUCUGACAAAUAAGAUUAUUUUUCUAAAAAGUAAUACCAAAAUGAACCUACUUAAAAUUAAGAAACUUAUCCACCUCCUAAAAUUUAACCCACUUAAAACAAAGCCUUAAUUAUGAGUUUUAAACCUUCACAAAUAUAAUAACCUUAAUCAUAAUUCUAAUAGAACUCUAUUGACCAAAGCGUUAGAGCCUCAACCCCAAUCCAAAUGAAAUCUAAAAAUUACCAAAGUCCCAAUGAAUAACCAUCUCAAAAUCAGUAAUAAGAUUUACUUUAACAAUUUGAAAGAAAAUAGAAUGCUUCUUAAAUGGCCUUCAGUUAAGAUAAUUUGUCGGGUUACAAUAACUAUUAUUAUAAUCAAAACUUCAAUUUGGAAUAGUCUUAACAAGUUCAAUAUAAUUAAUAUGUUAACUAACCAACAAAUGCUCAAUAUAUUUUAUCAAGAUAAUGA